AUGCAAAGAGCACUGCUGCAAAAGGUGGAGUUGGAUGGAUUGUUUAAAGAAGCUGUUGAUGAAGAAACUGUGGAGCAGGCAGCUAAUAUGAGUUCCCAGAUUAAUCUAGUGUGGGACUCUUUGUUGUAUGAAAAGUAUAUAGUGGAAUAUAUGCUGGGGCUAACGACUUGGGAGGAGUGGUUAGAGGUUGCUGUUGAGAAAUUUGAACUAGCUGGAGCUUCUGCAACUGAUAUAGCUGUUAUGGUGAAGAAUCAUUGUUCAAGCGAGAGUGCACUUGAAGGUAUGGGGUUCAAGAUUGAUGAGAUAGUACAGACAUAG